AUGAUCGUACCACGACAAUCCCGUGCCCCGACCGGUACACACCCCUUGCCCGGGUCCCCCCUUCAUAGUCACAACCCCCUGCCCCCUCAUGCCAUCCGCUCCCCCCGCCCCUACCCUCCGCGUGCCCGCUCCCUCGCCGCCUCUUUUGACCCUCCCUGCCCCCCUCGCCGUUACCCACCGCUCGCCAUUCGCUCCUCCCCGCCCGUGCCCUCCCCUCGUUUACCUUCGCCUCCCCCCUCCCCUCCUCUGCUGCACGCCUCUUCCUUCCCCUCGCUAACCCACUCCACUCCCUGCCCCUCCUCAAUCCGCACCCUGCCCCUCGUUUCUUUCUCGCCCCCCUAUGCUUGGUUUCUCCCCCCCUGGCCCUUUGCUUUCCCCUCGUUACGCUCCCUUCUCCCCAUCCCUGCUGCACCUCUUACCACCAUCAGCCCGUCCCCACCACCAGCCCCCCUCCCACCCUUCUCCCCCCCCCCCCUCUCCCUCUCUCUCUCUCUCUCUCUAUCUCUCUCACUCUCUCUCUCUCUCUCUCUCUUUCUCUCGCACACACACACACACACACACUCCCCUCCCCCACCCCCCACCCACAUCCUCACCGUUCUGCCCCUCCCUGCCCCUGUUCCACCCCCUCGCACGCCCCUCACCUCUCACCUCCGUUCAACUGGAUUCCCCCCCUCUGGUGCAUCCCUUGCAUCGCUCGCCCCCUCUGCUCACCCUCUGCCCGCCCCUUUUCCUUGCCCUCAGCUGGCCCAGCCCCUGCCCGUUGCUGCCCCCUCCCCUUGCCCCCUCAACUCCCCUGCCCCCCGUACACCCCACUCCCGUCCAAACCGCCCCCACCCUCCCCCGGCUGCCCGUUUCCGCUCUCCACCCCCGCGACCGUGUGCGGCUUCCAACCGCCCAACGGUGUCACACCCCCUGCCCCCUCAUGCCAUCCGCUCCCCCCGCCCCUACCCUCCGCGUGCCCGCUCCCUCGCCGCCUCUUUUGACCCUCCCUGCCCCCCUCGCCGUUACCCACCGCUCGCCAUUCGCUCCUCCCCGCCCGUGCCCUCCCCUCGUUUACCUUCGCCUCCCCCCUCCCCUCCUCUGCUGCACGCCUCUUCCUUCCCCUCGCUAACCCACUCCACUCCCUGCCCCUCCUCAAUCCGCACCCUGCCCCUCGUUUCUCGCCCCCCUAUGCUUGGUUUCUCCCCCCCUGCCCUUUGCUUUCCCCUCGUUACGCUCCCUUCUCCCCAUCCCUGCUGCCCUCUUACCACCAUCAGCCCCCCCUGCCCGUUGCUGCCCCUCCCCUUGCCCCCUCAACUCCCCUGCCCCCCGUACACCCCACUCCCGUCCAACCGCCCCCACCCUCCCCCGGCUGCCCGUUUCCGCUCUCCACCCCCGCGACCGUGUGCGGCUUCCAACCGCCCAACGGUGUCACACCCCCUGCCCCCUCAUGCCAUCCGCUCCCCCCGCCCCUACCCUCCGCGUGCCCGCUCCCUCGCCGCCUCUUUUGACCCUCCCUGCCCCCCUCGCCGUUACCCACCGCUCGCCAUUCGCUCCUCCCCGCCCGUGCCCUCCCCUCGUUUACCUUCGCCUCCCCCCUCCCCUCCUCUGCUGCACGCCUCUUCCUUCCCCUCGCUAACCCACUCCACUCCCUGCCCCUCCUCAAUCCGCACCCUGCCCCUCGUUUCUCGCCCCCCUACGCUUGGUUUCUCCCCUCCCUGCCCCUCGCCGCCUUUCUCCGCUCCCCACCUCCCCCCUCUCCCUGCCCCCCCACUCUCCUCCACUUGCCCUUGGCUUCCCACCUCCCUGCCCCACCUUUCCCCCCUCCGUGUGCUCAGCUUCUCCCCUCCCUGCCUCUCCCUCCUCCCCGCCCUGCCCCUCAUUUUCCGCCCCCCCACGCCCGGUUUCUCCCCUCCCUGCACCUCCCUUUCUUUCUCCGUGCCUCUCCUUUGCUCCCUCCCUGCCCCCGCCUGCCCAUGCCCCUGUCUUUGGUUUCUCCCCUCCCUGCCCCACGUUUCUUCCCUCCCUGAGAUCACCUUGUACCCCCUCUGCCCCUCCCUUGUUCUCCCCGCACCCAUUGCUUCUCCCCUCCCUGCCCUUGAUUUCCCGCACCCCUGCCCUUGUUUCCUACCAUCCAUGCCCCUCGUUUCCCCUCUUUGUACGUUCACCCUCUUCCCUCCCUGCCCCUCCCUUCCUCCCCCCCUGCCCUUUGCUUUCCCCUCGUUACGCUCCCUUCUCCCCAUCCCUGCUGCCCUCUUACCACCAUCAGCCCGUCCCCACCACCAGCCCCCCUCCCACCCUUCUCCCCCCCCCCCCUCUCCCUCUCUCUCUCUCUCUCUCUCUCUCUUUCUCUCGCACACACACACACACACACACACUCCCCUCCCCCACCCCCCACCCACAUCCUCCCGUUCUGCCCCUCCCUGCCCCUGUUCCACCCCCUCGCACGCCCCUCACCUCUCACCUCCGUUCAACUGGAUUCCCCCCCUCUGCCCCUGCCCGUUGCUGCCCCUCCCCUUGCCCCCUCAACUCCCCUGCCCCCCGUACACCCCACUCCCGUCCAACCGCCCCCACCCUCCCCCGGCUGCCCGUUUCCGCUCUCCACCCCCGCGACCGUGUGCGGCUUCCAACCGCCCAACGGUGUCACACCCCCUGCCCCCUCAUGCCAUCCGCUCCCCCCGCCCCUACCCUCCGCGUGCCCGCUCCCUCGCCGCCUCUUUUGACCCUCCCUGCCCCCCUCGCCGUUACCCACCGCUCGCCAUUCGCUCCUCCCCGCCCGUGCCCUCCCCUCGUUUACCUUCGCCUCCCCCCUCCCCUCCUCUGCUGCACGCCUCUUCCUUCCCCUCGCUAACCCACUCCACUCCCUGCCCCUCCUCAAUCCGCACCCUGCCCCUCGUUUCUCGCCCCCCUACGCUUGGUUUCUCCCCUCCCUGCCCCUCGCCGCCUUUCUCCGCUCCCCACCUCCCCCCUCUCCCUGCCCCCCCACUCUCCUCCACUUGCCCUUGGCUUCCCACCUCCCUGCCCCACCUUUCCCCCCUCCGUGUGCUCAGCUUCUCCCCUCCCUGCCUCUCCCUCCUCCCCGCCCUGCCCCUCAUUUUCCGCCCCCCCACGCCCGGUUUCUCCCCUCCCUGCACCUCCCUUUCUUUCUCCGUGCCUCUCCUUUGCUCCCUCCCUGCCCCCGCCUGCCCAUGCCCCUGUCUUUGGUUUCUCCCCUCCCUGCCCCACGUUUCUUCCCUCCCUGAGAUCACCUUGUACCCCCUCUGCCCCUCCCUUGUUCUCCCCGCACCCAUUGCUUCUCCCCUCCCUGCCCUUGAUUUCCCGCACCCCUGCCCUUGUUUCCUACCAUCCAUGCCCCUCGUUUCCCCUCUUUGUACGUUCACCCUCUUCCCUCCCUGCCCCUCCCUUCCUCCCCCCCUGCCCUUUGCUUUCCCCUCGUUACGCUCCCUUCUCCCCAUCCCUGCUGCCCUCUUACCACCAUCAGCCCGUCCCCACCACCAGCCCCCCUCCCACCCUUCUCCCCCCCCCCCCUCUCCCUCUCUCUCUCUCUCUCUCUCUCUCUCUUUCUCUCGCACACACACACACACACACACUCCCCUCCCCCACCCCCCACCCACAUCCUCCCGUUCUGCCCCUCCCUGCCCCUGUUCCACCCCCUCGCACGCCCCUCACCUCUCACCUCCGUUCAACUGGAUUCCCCCCCUCUGCCCCUGCCCGUUGCUGCCCCUCCCCUUGCCCCCUCAACUCCCCUGCCCCCCGUACACCCCACUCCCGUCCAACCGCCCCCACCCUCCCCCGGCUGCCCGUUUCCGCUCUCCACCCCCGCGACCGUGUGCGGCUUCCAACCGCCCAACGGUGUCACACCCCCUGCCCCCUCAUGCCAUCCGCUCCCCCCGCCCCUACCCUCCGCGUGCCCGCUCCCUCGCCGCCUCUUUUGACCCUCCCUGCCCCCCUCGCCGUUACCCACCGCUCGCCAUUCGCUCCUCCCCGCCCGUGCCCUCCCCUCGUUUACCUUCGCCUCCCCCCUCCCCUCCUCUGCUGCACGCCUCUUCCUUCCCCUCGCUAACCCACUCCACUCCCUGCCCCUCCUCAAUCCGCACCCUGCCCCUCGUUUCUCGCCCCCCUACGCUUGGUUUCUCCCCUCCCUGCCCCUCGCCGCCUUUCUCCGCUCCCCACCUCCCCCCUCUCCCUGCCCCCCCACUCUCCUCCACUUGCCCUUGGCUUCCCACCUCCCUGCCCCACCUUUCCCCCCUCCGUGUGCUCAGCUUCUCCCCUCCCUGCCUCUCCCUCCUCCCCGCCCUGCCCCUCAUUUUCCGCCCCCCCACGCCCGGUUUCUCCCCUCCCUGCACCUCCCUUUCUUUCUCCGUGCCUCUCCUUUGCUCCCUCCCUGCCCCCGCCUGCCCAUGCCCCUGUCUUUGGUUUCUCCCCUCCCUGCCCCACGUUUCUUCCCUCCCUGAGAUCACCUUGUACCCCCUCUGCCCCUCCCUUGUUCUCCCCGCACCCAUUGCUUCUCCCCUCCCUGCCCUUGAUUUCCCGCACCCCUGCCCUUGUUUCCUACCAUCCAUGCCCCUCGUUUCCCCUCUUUGUACGUUCACCCUCUUCCCUCCCUGCCCCUCCCUUCCUCCCCCCCUGCCCUUUGCUUUCCCCUCGUUACGCUCCCUUCUCCCCAUCCCUGCUGCCCUCUUACCACCAUCAGCCCGUCCCCACCACCAGCCCCCCUCCCACCCUUCUCCCCCCCCCCCCUCUCCCUCUCUCUCUCUCUCUCUCUCUCUUUCUCUCGCACACACACACACACACACACUCCCCUCCCCCACCCCCCACCCACAUCCUCCCGUUCUGCCCCUCCCUGCCCCUGUUCCACCCCCUCGCACGCCCCUCACCUCUCACCUCCGUUCAACUGGAUUCCCCCCCUCUGGUGCAUCCCUUGCAUCGCUCGCCCCUCUGCUCACCCUCUGCCCGCCCCUUUUCCUUGCCCUCAGCUGGCCCAGCCCCUGCCCGUUGCUGCCCCUCCCCUUGCCCCCUCAACUCCCCUGCCCCCCGUACACCCCACUCCCGUCCAACCGCCCCCACCCUCCCCCGGCUGCCCGUUUCCGCUCUCCACCCCCGCGACCGUGUGCGGCUUCCAACCGCCCAACGGUGUCACACCCCCUGCCCCCUCAUGCCAUCCGCUCCCCCCGCCCCUACCCUCCGCGUGCCCGCUCCCUCGCCGCCUCUUUUGACCCUCCCUGCCCCCCUCGCCGUUACCCACCGCUCGCCAUUCGCUCCUCCCCGCCCGUGCCCUCCCCUCGUUUACCUUCGCCUCCCCCCUCCCCUCCUCUGCUGCACGCCUCUUCCUUCCCCUCGCUAACCCACUCCACUCCCUGCCCCUCCUCAAUCCGCACCCUGCCCCUCGUUUCUCGCCCCCCUACGCUUGGUUUCUCCCCUCCCUGCCCCUCGCCGCCUUUCUCCGCUCCCCACCUCCCCCCUCUCCCUGCCCCCCCACUCUCCUCCACUUGCCCUUGGCUUCCCACCUCCCUGCCCCACCUUUCCCCCCUCCGUGUGCUCAGCUUCUCCCCUCCCUGCCUCUCCCUCCUCCCCGCCCUGCCCCUCAUUUUCCGCCCCCCCACGCCCGGUUUCUCCCCUCCCUGCACCUCCCUUUCUUUCUCCGUGCCUCUCCUUUGCUCCCUCCCUGCCCCCGCCUGCCCAUGCCCCUGUCUUUGGUUUCUCCCCUCCCUGCCCCACGUUUCUUCCCUCCCUGAGAUCACCUUGUACCCCCUCUGCCCCUCCCUUGUUCUCCCCGCACCCAUUGCUUCUCCCCUCCCUGCCCUUGAUUUCCCGCACCCCUGCCCUUGUUUCCUACCAUCCAUGCCCCUCGUUUCCCCUCUUUGUACGUUCACCCUCUUCCCUCCCUGCCCCUCCCUUCCUCCCCCCCUGCCCUUUGCUUUCCCCUCGUUACGCUCCCUUCUCCCCAUCCCUGCUGCCCUCUUACCACCAUCAGCCCGUCCCCACCACCAGCCCCCCUCCCACCCUUCUCCCCCCCCCCCCUCUCCCUCUCUCUCUCUCUCUCUCUCUCUUUCUCUCGCACACACACACACACACACACUCCCCUCCCCCACCCCCCACCCACAUCCUCCCGUUCUGCCCCUCCCUGCCCCUGUUCCACCCCCUCGCACGCCCCUCACCUCUCACCUCCGUUCAACUGGAUUCCCCCCCUCUGGUGCAUCCCUUGCAUCGCUCGCCCCUCUGCUCACCCUCUGCCCGCCCCUUUUCCUUGCCCUCAGCUGGCCCAGCCCCUGCCCGUUGCUGCCCCUCCCCUUGCCCCCUCAACUCCCCUGCCCCCCGUACACCCCACUCCCGUCCAACCGCCCCCACCCUCCCCCGGCUGCCCGUUUCCGCUCUCCACCCCCGCGACCGUGUGCGGCUUCCAACCGCCCAACGGUGUCACACCCCCUGCCCCCUCAUGCCAUCCGCUCCCCCCGCCCCUACCCUCCGCGUGCCCGCUCCCUCGCCGCCUCUUUUGACCCUCCCUGCCCCCCUCGCCGUUACCCACCGCUCGCCAUUCGCUCCUCCCCGCCCGUGCCCUCCCCUCGUUUACCUUCGCCUCCCCCCUCCCCUCCUCUGCUGCACGCCUCUUCCUUCCCCUCGCUAACCCACUCCACUCCCUGCCCCUCCUCAAUCCGCACCCUGCCCCUCGUUUCUCGCCCCCCUAUGCUUGGUUUCUCCCCCCCUGCCCUUUGCUUUCCCCUCGUUACGCUCCCUUCUCCCCAUCCCUGCUGCCCUCUUACCACCAUCAGCCCCCCCUGCCCGUUGCUGCCCCUCCCCUUGCCCCCUCAACUCCCCUGCCCCCCGUACACCCCACUCCCGUCCAACCGCCCCCACCCUCCCCCGGCUGCCCGUUUCCGCUCUCCACCCCCGCGACCGUGUGCGGCUUCCAACCGCCCAACGGUGUCACACCCCCUGCCCCCUCAUGCCAUCCGCUCCCCCCGCCCCUACCCUCCGCGUGCCCGCUCCCUCGCCGCCUCUUUUGACCCUCCCUGCCCCCCUCGCCGUUACCCACCGCUCGCCAUUCGCUCCUCCCCGCCCGUGCCCUCCCCUCGUUUACCUUCGCCUCCCCCCUCCCCUCCUCUGCUGCACGCCUCUUCCUUCCCCUCGCUAACCCACUCCACUCCCUGCCCCUCCUCAAUCCGCACCCUGCCCCUCGUUUCUCGCCCCCCUACGCUUGGUUUCUCCCCUCCCUGCCCCUCGCCGCCUUUCUCCGCUCCCCACCUCCCCCCUCUCCCUGCCCCCCCACUCUCCUCCACUUGCCCUUGGCUUCCCACCUCCCUGCCCCACCUUUCCCCCCUCCGUGUGCUCAGCUUCUCCCCUCCCUGCCUCUCCCUCCUCCCCGCCCUGCCCCUCAUUUUCCGCCCCCCCACGCCCGGUUUCUCCCCUCCCUGCACCUCCCUUUCUUUCUCCGUGCCUCUCCUUUGCUCCCUCCCUGCCCCCGCCUGCCCAUGCCCCUGUCUUUGGUUUCUCCCCUCCCUGCCCCACGUUUCUUCCCUCCCUGAGAUCACCUUGUACCCCCUCUGCCCCUCCCUUGUUCUCCCCGCACCCAUUGCUUCUCCCCUCCCUGCCCUUGAUUUCCCGCACCCCUGCCCUUGUUUCCUACCAUCCAUGCCCCUCGUUUCCCCUCUUUGUACGUUCACCCUCUUCCCUCCCUGCCCCUCCCUUCCUCCCCCCCUGCCCUUUGCUUUCCCCUCCCCCUGCCCGUUGCUGCCCCUCCCCUUGCCCCCUCAACUCCCCUGCCCCCCGUACACCCCACUCCCGUCCAACCGCCCCCACCCUCCCCCGGCUGCCCGUUUCCGCUCUCCACCCCCGCGACCGUGUGCGGCUUCCAACCGCCCAACGGUGUCACACCCCCUGCCCCCUCAUGCCAUCCGCUCCCCCCGCCCCUACCCUCCGCGUGCCCGCUCCCUCGCCGCCUCUUUUGACCCUCCCUGCCCCCCUCGCCGUUACCCACCGCUCGCCAUUCGCUCCUCCCCGCCCGUGCCCUCCCCUCGUUUACCUUCGCCUCCCCCCUCCCCUCCUCUGCUGCACGCCUCUUCCUUCCCCUCGCUAACCCACUCCACUCCCUGCCCCUCCUCAAUCCGCACCCUGCCCCUCGUUUCUCGCCCCCCUACGCUUGGUUUCUCCCCUCCCUGCCCCUCGCCGCCUUUCUCCGCUCCCCACCUCCCCCCUCUCCCUGCCCCCCCACUCUCCUCCACUUGCCCUUGGCUUCCCACCUCCCUGCCCCACCUUUCCCCCCUCCGUGUGCUCAGCUUCUCCCCUCCCUGCCUCUCCCUCCUCCCCGCCCUGCCCCUCAUUUUCCGCCCCCCCACGCCCGGUUUCUCCCCUCCCUGCACCUCCCUUUCUUUCUCCGUGCCUCUCCUUUGCUCCCUCCCUGCCCCCGCCUGCCCAUGCCCCUGUCUUUGGUUUCUCCCCUCCCUGCCCCACGUUUCUUCCCUCCCUGAGAUCACCUUGUACCCCCUCUGCCCCUCCCUUGUUCUCCCCGCACCCAUUGCUUCUCCCCUCCCUGCCCUUGAUUUCCCGCACCCCUGCCCUUGUUUCCUACCAUCCAUGCCCCUCGUUUCCCCUCUUUGUACGUUCACCCUCUUCCCUCCCUGCCCCUCCCUUCCUCCCCCCCUGCCCUUUGCUUUCCCCUCGUUACGCUCCCUUCUCCCCAUCCCUGCUGCCCUCUUACCACCAUCAGCCCGUCCCCACCACCAGCCCCCCUCCCACCCUUCUCCCCCCCCCCCCUCUCCCUCUCUCUCUCUCUCUCUCUCUCUCUUUCUCUCGCACACACACACACACACACACUCCCCUCCCCCACCCCCCACCCACAUCCUCCCGUUCUGCCCCUCCCUGCCCCUGUUCCACCCCCUCGCACGCCCCUCACCUCUCACCUCCGUUCAACUGGAUUCCCCCCCUCUGUCACACCCCCUGCCCCCUCAUGCCAUCCGCUCCCCCCGCCCCUACCCUCCGCGUGCCCGCUCCCUCGCCGCCUCUUUUGACCCUCCCUGCCCCCCUCGCCGUUACCCACCGCUCGCCAUUCGCUCCUCCCCGCCCGUGCCCUCCCCUCGUUUACCUUCGCCUCCCCCCUCCCCUCCUCUGCUGCACGCCUCUUCCUUCCCCUCGCUAACCCACUCCACUCCCUGCCCCUCCUCAAUCCGCACCCUGCCCCUCGUUUCUCGCCCCCCUACGCUUGGUUUCUCCCCUCCCUGCCCCUCGCCGCCUUUCUCCGCUCCCCACCUCCCCCCUCUCCCUGCCCCCCCACUCUCCUCCACUUGCCCUUGGCUUCCCACCUCCCUGCCCCACCUUUCCCCCCUCCGUGUGCUCAGCUUCUCCCCUCCCUGCCUCUCCCUCCUCCCCGCCCUGCCCCUCAUUUUCCGCCCCCCCACGCCCGGUUUCUCCCCUCCCUGCACCUCCCUUUCUUUCUCCGUGCCUCUCCUUUGCUCCCUCCCUGCCCCCGCCUGCCCAUGCCCCUGUCUUUGGUUUCUCCCCUCCCUGCCCCACGUUUCUUCCCUCCCUGAGAUCACCUUGUACCCCCUCUGCCCCUCCCUUGUUCUCCCCGCACCCAUUGCUUCUCCCCUCCCUGCCCUUGAUUUCCCGCACCCCUGCCCUUGUUUCCUACCAUCCAUGCCCCUCGUUUCCCCUCUUUGUACGUUCACCCUCUUCCCUCCCUGCCCCUCCCUUCCUCCCCCCCUGCCCUUUGCUUUCCCCUCGUUACGCUCCCUUCUCCCCAUCCCUGCUGCCCUCUUACCACCAUCAGCCCGUCCCCACCACCAGCCCCCCUCCCACCCUUCUCCCCCCCCCCCCUCUCCCUCUCUCUCUCUCUCUCUCUCUCUUUCUCUCGCACACACACACACACACACACUCCCCUCCCCCACCCCCCACCCACAUCCUCCCGUUCUGCCCCUCCCUGCCCCUGUUCCACCCCCUCGCACGCCCCUCACCUCUCACCUCCGUUCAACUGGAUUCCCCCCCUCUGGUGCAUCCCUUGCAUCGCUCGCCCCUCUGCUCACCCUCUGCCCGCCCCUUUUCCUUGCCCUCAGCUGGCCCAGCCCCUGCCCGUUGCUGCCCCUCCCCUUGCCCCCUCAACUCCCCUGCCCCCCGUACACCCCACUCCCGUCCAACCGCCCCCACCCUCCCCCGGCUGCCCGUUUCCGCUCUCCACCCCCGCGACCGUGUGCGGCUUCCAACCGCCCAACGGUGUCACACCCCCUGCCCCCUCAUGCCAUCCGCUCCCCCCGCCCCUACCCUCCGCGUGCCCGCUCCCUCGCCGCCUCUUUUGACCCUCCCUGCCCCCCUCGCCGUUACCCACCGCUCGCCAUUCGCUCCUCCCCGCCCGUGCCCUCCCCUCGUUUACCUUCGCCUCCCCCCUCCCCUCCUCUGCUGCACGCCUCUUCCUUCCCCUCGCUAACCCACUCCACUCCCUGCCCCUCCUCAAUCCGCACCCUGCCCCUCGUUUCUCGCCCCCCUAUGCUUGGUUUCUCCCCCCCUGCCCUUUGCUUUCCCCUCGUUACGCUCCCUUCUCCCCAUCCCUGCUGCCCUCUUACCACCAUCAGCCCCCCCUGCCCGUUGCUGCCCCUCCCCUUGCCCCCUCAACUCCCCUGCCCCCCGUACACCCCACUCCCGUCCAACCGCCCCCACCCUCCCCCGGCUGCCCGUUUCCGCUCUCCACCCCCGCGACCGUGUGCGGCUUCCAACCGCCCAACGGUGUCACACCCCCUGCCCCCUCAUGCCAUCCGCUCCCCCCGCCCCUACCCUCCGCGUGCCCGCUCCCUCGCCGCCUCUUUUGACCCUCCCUGCCCCCCUCGCCGUUACCCACCGCUCGCCAUUCGCUCCUCCCCGCCCGUGCCCUCCCCUCGUUUACCUUCGCCUCCCCCCUCCCCUCCUCUGCUGCACGCCUCUUCCUUCCCCUCGCUAACCCACUCCACUCCCUGCCCCUCCUCAAUCCGCACCCUGCCCCUCGUUUCUCGCCCCCCUACGCUUGGUUUCUCCCCUCCCUGCCCCUCGCCGCCUUUCUCCGCUCCCCACCUCCCCCCUCUCCCUGCCCCCCCACUCUCCUCCACUUGCCCUUGGCUUCCCACCUCCCUGCCCCACCUUUCCCCCCUCCGUGUGCUCAGCUUCUCCCCUCCCUGCCUCUCCCUCCUCCCCGCCCUGCCCCUCAUUUUCCGCCCCCCCACGCCCGGUUUCUCCCCUCCCUGCACCUCCCUUUCUUUCUCCGUGCCUCUCCUUUGCUCCCUCCCUGCCCCCGCCUGCCCAUGCCCCUGUCUUUGGUUUCUCCCCUCCCUGCCCCACGUUUCUUCCCUCCCUGAGAUCACCUUGUACCCCAUCUGCCCCUCCCUUGUUCUCCCCGCACCCAUUGCUUCUCCCCUCCCUGCCCUUGAUUUCCCGCACCCCUGCCCUUGUUUCCUACCAUCCAUGCCCCUCGUUUCCCCUCUUUGUACGUUCACCCUCUUCCCUCCCUGCCCCUCCCUUCCUCCCCCCCUGCCCUUUGCUUUCCCCUCGUUACGCUCCCUUCUCCCCAUCCCUGCUGCCCUCUUACCACCAUCAGCCCGUCCCCACCACCAGCCCCCCUCCCACCCUUCUCCCCCCCCCCCCUCUCCCUCUCUCUCUCUCUCUCUCUCUCUUUCUCUCGCACACACACACACACACACACUCCCCUCCCCCACCCCCCACCCACAUCCUCCCGUUCUGCCCCUCCCUGCCCCUGUUCCACCCCCUCGCACGCCCCUCACCUCUCACCUCCGUUCAACUGGAUUCCCCCCCUCUGGUGCAUCCCUUGCAUCGCUCGCCCCUCUGCUCACCCUCUGCCCGCCCCUUUUCCUUGCCCUCAGCUGGCCCAGCCCCUGCCCGUUGCUGCCCCUCCCCUUGCCCCCUCAACUCCCCUGCCCCCCGUACACCCCACUCCCGUCCAACCGCCCCCACCCUCCCCCGGCUGCCCGUUUCCGCUCUCCACCCCCGCGACCGUGUGCGGCUUCCAACCGCCCAACGGUGUCACACCCCCUGCCCCCUCAUGCCAUCCGCUCCCCCCGCCCCUACCCUCCGCGUGCCCGCUCCCUCGCCGCCUCUUUUGACCCUCCCUGCCCCCCUCGCCGUUACCCACCGCUCGCCAUUCGCUCCUCCCCGCCCGUGCCCUCCCCUCGUUUACCUUCGCCUCCCCCCUCCCCUCCUCUGCUGCACGCCUCUUCCUUCCCCUCGCUAACCCACUCCACUCCCUGCCCCUCCUCAAUCCGCACCCUGCCCCUCGUUUCUCGCCCCCCUACGCUUGGUUUCUCCCCUCCCUGCCCCUCGCCGCCUUUCUCCGCUCCCCACCUCCCCCCUCUCCCUGCCCCCCCACUCUCCUCCACUUGCCCUUGGCUUCCCACCUCCCUGCCCCACCUUUCCCCCCUCCGUGUGCUCAGCUUCUCCCCUCCCUGCCUCUCCCUCCUCCCCGCCCUGCCCCUCAUUUUCCGCCCCCCCACGCCCGGUUUCUCCCCUCCCUGCACCUCCCUUUCUUUCUCCGUGCCUCUCCUUUGCUCCCUCCCUGCCCCCGCCUGCCCAUGCCCCUGUCUUUGGUUUCUCCCCUCCCUGCCCCACGUUUCUUCCCUCCCUGAGAUCACCUUGUACCCCCUCUGCCCCUCCCUUGUUCUCCCCGCACCCAUUGCUUCUCCCCUCCCUGCCCUUGAUUUCCCGCACCCCUGCCCUUGUUUCCUACCAUCCAUGCCCCUCGUUUCCCCUCUUUGUACGUUCACCCUCUUCCCUCCCUGCCCCUCCCUUCCUCCCCCCCUGCCCUUUGCUUUCCCCUCCCCCUGCCCGUUGCUGCCCCUCCCCUUGCCCCCUCAACUCCCCUGCCCCCCGUACACCCCACUCCCGUCCAACCGCCCCCACCCUCCCCCGGCUGCCCGUUUCCGCUCUCCACCCCCGCGACCGUGUGCGGCUUCCAACCGCCCAACGGUGUCACACCCCCUGCCCCCUCAUGCCAUCCGCUCCCCCCGCCCCUACCCUCCGCGUGCCCGCUCCCUCGCCGCCUCUUUUGACCCUCCCUGCCCCCCUCGCCGUUACCCACCGCUCGCCAUUCGCUCCUCCCCGCCCGUGCCCUCCCCUCGUUUACCUUCGCCUCCCCCCUCCCCUCCUCUGCUGCACGCCUCUUCCUUCCCCUCGCUAACCCACUCCACUCCCUGCCCCUCCUCAAUCCGCACCCUGCCCCUCGUUUCUCGCCCCCCUAUGCUUGGUUUCUCCCCCCCUGCCCUUUGCUUUCCCCUCGUUACGCUCCCUUCUCCCCAUCCCUGCUGCCCUCUUACCACCAUCAGCCCCCCCUGCCCGUUGCUGCCCCUCCCCUUGCCCCCUCAACUCCCCUGCCCCCCGUACACCCCACUCCCGUCCAACCGCCCCCACCCUCCCCCGGCUGCCCGUUUCCGCUCUCCACCCCCGCGACCGUGUGCGGCUUCCAACCGCCCAACGGUGUCACACCCCCUGCCCCCUCAUGCCAUCCGCUCCCCCCGCCCCUACCCUCCGCGUGCCCGCUCCCUCGCCGCCUCUUUUGACCCUCCCUGCCCCCCUCGCCGUUACCCACCGCUCGCCAUUCGCUCCUCCCCGCCCGUGCCCUCCCCUCGUUUACCUUCGCCUCCCCCCUCCCCUCCUCUGCUGCACGCCUCUUCCUUCCCCUCGCUAACCCACUCCACUCCCUGCCCCUCCUCAAUCCGCACCCUGCCCCUCGUUUCUCGCCCCCCUACGCUUGGUUUCUCCCCUCCCUGCCCCUCGCCGCCUUUCUCCGCUCCCCACCUCCCCCCUCUCCCUGCCCCCCCACUCUCCUCCACUUGCCCUUGGCUUCCCACCUCCCUGCCCCACCUUUCCCCCCUCCGUGUGCUCAGCUUCUCCCCUCCCUGCCUCUCCCUCCUCCCCGCCCUGCCCCUCAUUUUCCGCCCCCCCACGCCCGGUUUCUCCCCUCCCUGCACCUCCCUUUCUUUCUCCGUGCCUCUCCUUUGCUCCCUCCCUGCCCCCGCCUGCCCAUGCCCCUGUCUUUGGUUUCUCCCCUCCCUGCCCCACGUUUCUUCCCUCCCUGAGAUCACCUUGUACCCCCUCUGCCCCUCCCUUGUUCUCCCCGCACCCAUUGCUUCUCCCCUCCCUGCCCUUGAUUUCCCGCACCCCUGCCCUUGUUUCCUACCAUCCAUGCCCCUCGUUUCCCCUCUUUGUACGUUCACCCUCUUCCCUCCCUGCCCCUCCCUUCCUCCCCCCCUGCCCUUUGCUUUCCCCUCGUUACGCUCCCUUCUCCCCAUCCCUGCUGCCCUCUUACCACCAUCAGCCCGUCCCCACCACCAGCCCCCCUCCCACCCUUCUCCCCCCCCCCCCUCUCCCUCUCUCUCUCUCUCUCUCUCUCUUUCUCUCGCACACACACACACACACACACUCCCCUCCCCCACCCCCCACCCACAUCCUCCCGUUCUGCCCCUCCCUGCCCCUGUUCCACCCCCUCGCACGCCCCUCACCUCUCACCUCCGUUCAACUGGAUUCCCCCCCUCUGGUGCAUCCCUUGCAUCGCUCGCCCCUCUGCUCACCCUCUGCCCGCCCCUUUUCCUUGCCCUCAGCUGGCCCAGCCCCUGCCCGUUGCUGCCCCUCCCCUUGCCCCCUCAACUCCCCUGCCCCCCGUACACCCCACUCCCGUCCAACCGCCCCCACCCUCCCCCGGCUGCCCGUUUCCGCUCUCCACCCCCGCGACCGUGUGCGGCUUCCAACCGCCCAACGGUGUCACACCCCCUGCCCCCUCAUGCCAUCCGCUCCCCCCGCCCCUACCCUCCGCGUGCCCGCUCCCUCGCCGCCUCUUUUGACCCUCCCUGCCCCCCUCGCCGUUACCCACCGCUCGCCAUUCGCUCCUCCCCGCCCGUGCCCUCCCCUCGUUUACCUUCGCCUCCCCCCUCCCCUCCUCUGCUGCACGCCUCUUCCUUCCCCUCGCUAACCCACUCCACUCCCUGCCCCUCCUCAAUCCGCACCCUGCCCCUCGUUUCUCGCCCCCCUACGCUUGGUUUCUCCCCUCCCUGCCCCUCGCCGCCUUUCUCCGCUCCCCACCUCCCCCCUCUCCCUGCCCCCCCACUCUCCUCCACUUGCCCUUGGCUUCCCACCUCCCUGCCCCACCUUUCCCCCCUCCGUGUGCUCAGCUUCUCCCCUCCCUGCCUCUCCCUCCUCCCCGCCCUGCCCCUCAUUUUCCGCCCCCCCACGCCCGGUUUCUCCCCUCCCUGCACCUCCCUUUCUUUCUCCGUGCCUCUCCUUUGCUCCCUCCCUGCCCCCGCCUGCCCAUGCCCCUGUCUUUGGUUUCUCCCCUCCCUGCCCCACGUUUCUUCCCUCCCUGAGAUCACCUUGUACCCCCUCUGCCCCUCCCUUGUUCUCCCCGCACCCAUUGCUUCUCCCCUCCCUGCCCUUGAUUUCCCGCACCCCUGCCCUUGUUUCCUACCAUCCAUGCCCCUCGUUUCCCCUCUUUGUACGUUCACCCUCUUCCCUCCCUGCCCCUCCCUUCCUCCCCCCCUGCCCUUUGCUUUCCCCUCCCCCUGCCCGUUGCUGCCCCUCCCCUUGCCCCCUCAACUCCCCUGCCCCCCGUACACCCCACUCCCGUCCAACCGCCCCCACCCUCCCCCGGCUGCCCGUUUCCGCUCUCCACCCCCGCGACCGUGUGCGGCUUCCAACCGCCCAACGGUGUCACACCCCCUGCCCCCUCAUGCCAUCCGCUCCCCCCGCCCCUACCCUCCGCGUGCCCGCUCCCUCGCCGCCUCUUUUGACCCUCCCUGCCCCCCUCGCCGUUACCCACCGCUCGCCAUUCGCUCCUCCCCGCCCGUGCCCUCCCCUCGUUUACCUUCGCCUCCCCCCUCCCCUCCUCUGCUGCACGCCUCUUCCUUCCCCUCGCUAACCCACUCCACUCCCUGCCCCUCCUCAAUCCGCACCCUGCCCCUCGUUUCUCGCCCCCCUAUGCUUGGUUUCUCCCCCCCUGCCCUUUGCUUUCCCCUCGUUACGCUCCCUUCUCCCCAUCCCUGCUGCCCUCUUACCACCAUCAGCCCCCCCUGCCCGUUGCUGCCCCUCCCCUUGCCCCCUCAACUCCCCUGCCCCCCGUACACCCCACUCCCGUCCAACCGCCCCCACCCUCCCCCGGCUGCCCGUUUCCGCUCUCCACCCCCGCGACCGUGUGCGGCUUCCAACCGCCCAACGGUGUCACACCCCCUGCCCCCUCAUGCCAUCCGCUCCCCCCGCCCCUACCCUCCGCGUGCCCGCUCCCUCGCCGCCUCUUUUGACCCUCCCUGCCCCCCUCGCCGUUACCCACCGCUCGCCAUUCGCUCCUCCCCGCCCGUGCCCUCCCCUCGUUUACCUUCGCCUCCCCCCUCCCCUCCUCUGCUGCACGCCUCUUCCUUCCCCUCGCUAACCCACUCCACUCCCUGCCCCUCCUCAAUCCGCACCCUGCCCCUCGUUUCUCGCCCCCCUACGCUUGGUUUCUCCCCUCCCUGCCCCUCGCCGCCUUUCUCCGCUCCCCACCUCCCCCCUCUCCCUGCCCCCCCACUCUCCUCCACUUGCCCUUGGCUUCCCACCUCCCUGCCCCACCUUUCCCCCCUCCGUGUGCUCAGCUUCUCCCCUCCCUGCCUCUCCCUCCUCCCCGCCCUGCCCCUCAUUUUCCGCCCCCCCACGCCCGGUUUCUCCCCUCCCUGCACCUCCCUUUCUUUCUCCGUGCCUCUCCUUUGCUCCCUCCCUGCCCCCGCCUGCCCAUGCCCCUGUCUUUGGUUUCUCCCCUCCCUGCCCCACGUUUCUUCCCUCCCUGAGAUCACCUUGUACCCCCUCUGCCCCUCCCUUGUUCUCCCCGCACCCAUUGCUUCUCCCCUCCCUGCCCUUGAUUUCCCGCACCCCUGCCCUUGUUUCCUACCAUCCAUGCCCCUCGUUUCCCCUCUUUGUACGUUCACCCUCUUCCCUCCCUGCCCCUCCCUUCCUCCCCCCCUGCCCUUUGCUUUCCCCUCCCCCUGCCCGUUGCUGCCCCUCCCCUUGCCCCCUCAACUCCCCUGCCCCCCGUACACCCCACUCCCGUCCAACCGCCCCCACCCUCCCCCGGCUGCCCGUUUCCGCUCUCCACCCCCGCGACCGUGUGCGGCUUCCAACCGCCCAACGGUGUCACACCCCCUGCCCCCUCAUGCCAUCCGCUCCCCCCGCCCCUACCCUCCGCGUGCCCGCUCCCUCGCCGCCUCUUUUGACCCUCCCUGCCCCCCUCGCCGUUACCCACCGCUCGCCAUUCGCUCCUCCCCGCCCGUGCCCUCCCCUCGUUUACCUUCGCCUCCCCCCUCCCCUCCUCUGCUGCACGCCUCUUCCUUCCCCUCGCUAACCCACUCCACUCCCUGCCCCUCCUCAAUCCGCACCCUGCCCCUCGUUUCUCGCCCCCCUACGCUUGGUUUCUCCCCUCCCUGCCCCUCGCCGCCUUUCUCCGCUCCCCACCUCCCCCCUCUCCCUGCCCCCCCACUCUCCUCCACUUGCCCUUGGCUUCCCACCUCCCUGCCCCACCUUUCCCCCCUCCGUGUGCUCAGCUUCUCCCCUCCCUGCCUCUCCCUCCUCCCCGCCCUGCCCCUCAUUUUCCGCCCCCCCACGCCCGGUUUCUCCCCUCCCUGCACCUCCCUUUCUUUCUCCGUGCCUCUCCUUUGCUCCCUCCCUGCCCCCGCCUGCCCAUGCCCCUGUCUUUGGUUUCUCCCCUCCCUGCCCCACGUUUCUUCCCUCCCUGAGAUCACCUUGUACCCCCUCUGCCCCUCCCUUGUUCUCCCCGCACCCAUUGCUUCUCCCCUCCCUGCCCUUGAUUUCCCGCACCCCUGCCCUUGUUUCCUACCAUCCAUGCCCCUCGUUUCCCCUCUUUGUACGUUCACCCUCUUCCCUCCCUGCCCCUCCCUUCCUCCCCCCCUGCCCUUUGCUUUCCCCUCGUUACGCUCCCUUCUCCCCAUCCCUGCUGCCCUCUUACCACCAUCAGCCCGUCCCCACCACCAGCCCCCCUCCCACCCUUCUCCCCCCCCCCCCUCUCCCUCUCUCUCUCUCUCUCUCUCUCUCUUUCUCUCGCACACACACACACACACACACUCCCCUCCCCCACCCCCCACCCACAUCCUCCCGUUCUGCCCCUCCCUGCCCCUGUUCCACCCCCUCGCACGCCCCUCACCUCUCACCUCCGUUCAACUGGAUUCCCCCCCUCUGGUGCAUCCCUUGCAUCGCUCGCCCCUCUGCUCACCCUCUGCCCGCCCCUUUUCCUUGCCCUCAGCUGGCCCAGCCCCUGCCCGUUGCUGCCCCUCCCCUUGCCCCCUCAACUCCCCUGCCCCCCCGUACACCCCACUCCCGUCCAACCGCCCCCACCCUCCCCCGGCUGCCCGUUUCCGCUCUCCACCCCCGCGACCGUGUGCGGCUUCCAACCGCCCAACGGUGUCACACCCCCUGCCCCCUCAUGCCAUCCGCUCCCCCCGCCCCUACCCUCCGCGUGCCCGCUCCCUCGCCGCCUCUUUUGACCCUCCCUGCCCCCCUCGCCGUUACCCACCGCUCGCCAUUCGCUCCUCCCCGCCCGUGCCCUCCCCUCGUUUACCUUCGCCUCCCCCCUCCCCUCCUCUGCUGCACGCCUCUUCCUUCCCCUCGCUAACCCACUCCACUCCCUGCCCCUCCUCAAUCCGCACCCUGCCCCUCGUUUCUCGCCCCCCUACGCUUGGUUUCUCCCCUCCCUGCCCCUCGCCGCCUUUCUCCGCUCCCCACCUCCCCCCUCUCCCUGCCCCCCCACUCUCCUCCACUUGCCCUUGGCUUCCCACCUCCCUGCCCCACCUUUCCCCCCUCCGUGUGCUCAGCUUCUCCCCUCCCUGCCUCUCCCUCCUCCCCGCCCUGCCCCUCAUUUUCCGCCCCCCCACGCCCGGUUUCUCCCCUCCCUGCACCUCCCUUUCUUUCUCCGUGCCUCUCCUUUGCUCCCUCCCUGCCCCCGCCUGCCCAUGCCCCUGUCUUUGGUUUCUCCCCUCCCUGCCCCACGUUUCUUCCCUCCCUGAGAUCACCUUGUACCCCCUCUGCCCCUCCCUUGUUCUCCCCGCACCCAUUGCUUCUCCCCUCCCUGCCCUUGAUUUCCCGCACCCCUGCCCUUGUUUCCUACCAUCCAUGCCCCUCGUUUCCCCUCUUUGUACGUUCACCCUCUUCCCUCCCUGCCCCUCCCUUCCUCCCCCCCUGCCCUUUGCUUUCCCCUCCCCCUGCCCGUUGCUGCCCCUCCCCUUGCCCCCUCAACUCCCCUGCCCCCCGUACACCCCACUCCCGUCCAACCGCCCCCACCCUCCCCCGGCUGCCCGUUUCCGCUCUCCACCCCCGCGACCGUGUGCGGCUUCCAACCGCCCAACGGUGUCACACCCCCUGCCCCCUCAUGCCAUCCGCUCCCCCCGCCCCUACCCUCCGCGUGCCCGCUCCCUCGCCGCCUCUUUUGACCCUCCCUGCCCCCCUCGCCGUUACCCACCGCUCGCCAUUCGCUCCUCCCCGCCCGUGCCCUCCCCUCGUUUACCUUCGCCUCCCCCCUCCCCUCCUCUGCUGCACGCCUCUUCCUUCCCCUCGCUAACCCACUCCACUCCCUGCCCCUCCUCAAUCCGCACCCUGCCCCUCGUUUCUCGCCCCCCUAUGCUUGGUUUCUCCCCCCCUGCCCUUUGCUUUCCCCUCGUUACGCUCCCUUCUCCCCAUCCCUGCUGCCCUCUUACCACCAUCAGCCCCCCCUGCCCGUUGCUGCCCCUCCCCUUGCCCCCUCAACUCCCCUGCCCCCCGUACACCCCACUCCCGUCCAACCGCCCCCACCCUCCCCCGGCUGCCCGUUUCCGCUCUCCACCCCCGCGACCGUGUGCGGCUUCCAACCGCCCAACGGUGUCACACCCCCUGCCCCCUCAUGCCAUCCGCUCCCCCCGCCCCUACCCUCCGCGUGCCCGCUCCCUCGCCGCCUCUUUUGACCCUCCCUGCCCCCCUCGCCGUUACCCACCGCUCGCCAUUCGCUCCUCCCCGCCCGUGCCCUCCCCUCGUUUACCUUCGCCUCCCCCCUCCCCUCCUCUGCUGCACGCCUCUUCCUUCCCCUCGCUAACCCACUCCACUCCCUGCCCCUCCUCAAUCCGCACCCUGCCCCUCGUUUCUCGCCCCCCUACGCUUGGUUUCUCCCCUCCCUGCCCCUCGCCGCCUUUCUCCGCUCCCCACCUCCCCCCUCUCCCUGCCCCCCCACUCUCCUCCACUUGCCCUUGGCUUCCCACCUCCCUGCCCCACCUUUCCCCCCUCCGUGUGCUCAGCUUCUCCCCUCCCUGCCUCUCCCUCCUCCCCGCCCUGCCCCUCAUUUUCCGCCCCCCCACGCCCGGUUUCUCCCCUCCCUGCACCUCCCUUUCUUUCUCCGUGCCUCUCCUUUGCUCCCUCCCUGCCCCCGCCUGCCCAUGCCCCUGUCUUUGGUUUCUCCCCUCCCUGCCCCACGUUUCUUCCCUCCCUGAGAUCACCUUGUACCCCCUCUGCCCCUCCCUUGUUCUCCCCGCACCCAUUGCUUCUCCCCUCCCUGCCCUUGAUUUCCCGCACCCCUGCCCUUGUUUCCUACCAUCCAUGCCCCUCGUUUCCCCUCUUUGUACGUUCACCCUCUUCCCUCCCUGCCCCUCCCUUCCUCCCCCCCUGCCCUUUGCUUUCCCCUCGUUACGCUCCCUUCUCCCCAUCCCUGCUGCCCUCUUACCACCAUCAGCCCGUCCCCACCACCAGCCCCCCUCCCACCCUUCUCCCCCCCCCCCCUCUCCCUCUCUCUCUCUCUCUCUCUCUCUUUCUCUCGCACACACACACACACACACACUCCCCUCCCCCACCCCCCACCCACAUCCUCCCGUUCUGCCCCUCCCUGCCCCUGUUCCACCCCCUCGCACGCCCCUCACCUCUCACCUCCGUUCAACUGGAUUCCCCCCCUCUGGUGCAUCCCUUGCAUCGCUCGCCCCUCUGCUCACCCUCUGCCCGCCCCUUUUCCUUGCCCUCAGCUGGCCCAGCCCCUGCCCGUUGCUGCCCCUCCCCUUGCCCCCUCAACUCCCCUGCCCCCCGUACACCCCACUCCCGUCCAACCGCCCCCACCCUCCCCCGGCUGCCCGUUUCCGCUCUCCACCCCCGCGACCGUGUGCGGCUUCCAACCGCCCAACGGUGUCACACCCCCUGCCCCCUCAUGCCAUCCGCUCCCCCCGCCCCUACCCUCCGCGUGCCCGCUCCCUCGCCGCCUCUUUUGACCCUCCCUGCCCCCCUCGCCGUUACCCACCGCUCGCCAUUCGCUCCUCCCCGCCCGUGCCCUCCCCUCGUUUACCUUCGCCUCCCCCCUCCCCUCCUCUGCUGCACGCCUCUUCCUUCCCCUCGCUAACCCACUCCACUCCCUGCCCCUCCUCAAUCCGCACCCUGCCCCUCGUUUCUCUCGCCCCCCUACGCUUGGUUUCUCCCCUCCCUGCCCCUCGCCGCCUUUCUCCGCUCCCCACCUCCCCCUCUCCCUGCCCCCCCACUCUCCUCCACUUGCCCUUGGCUUCCCACCUCCCUGCCCCACCUUUCCCCCCUCCGUGUGCUCAGCUUCUCCCCUCCCUGCCUCUCCCUCCUCCCCGCCCUGCCCCUCAUUUUCCGCCCCCCCACGCCCGGUUUCUCCCCUCCCUGCACCUCCCUUUCUUUCUCCGUGCCUCUCCUUUGCUCCCUCCCUGCCCCCGCCUGCCCAUGCCCCUGUCUUUGGUUUCUCCCCUCCCUGCCCCACCCCGUCCCCACCACCAGCCCCCCUCCCACCCUUCUCCCCCCCCCCCCUCUCCCUCUCUCUCUCUCUCUCUCUCUCUCUUUCUCUCGCACACACACACACACACACACUCCCCUCCCCCACCCCCCACCCACAUCCUCCCGUUCUGCCCCUCCCUGCCCCUGUUCCACCCCCUCGCACGCCCCUCACCUCUCACCUCCGUUCAACUGGAUUCCCCCCCUCUGCCCCUGCCCGUUGCUGCCCCUCCCCUUGCCCCCUCAACUCCCCUGCCCCCCGUACACCCCACUCCCGUCCAACCGCCCCCACCCUCCCCCGGCUGCCCGUUUCCGCUCUCCACCCCCGCGACCGUUCACACCCCCUGCCCCCUCAUGCCAUCCGCUCCCCCCGCCCCUACCCUCCGCGUGCCCGCUCCCUCGCCGCCUCUUUUGACCCUCCCUGCCCCCCUCAGGCCGUUACCCACCGCUCGCCAUUCGCUCCUCCCCGCCCGUGCCCUCCCCUCGUUUACCUUCGCCUCCCCCCUCCCCUCCUCUGCUGCACGCCUCUUCCUUCCCCUCGCUAACCCACUCCACUCCCUGCCCCUCCUCAAUCCGCACCCUGCCCCUCGUUUCUCGCCCCCCUAUGCUUGCCCCUGCCCGUUGCUGCCCCUCCCCUUGCCCCCUCAACUCCCCUGCCCCCCGUACACCCCACUCCCGUCCAACCGCCCCCACCCUCCCCCGGCUGCCCGUUUCCGCUCUCCACCCCCGCGACCGUGUGCGGCUUCCAACCGCCCAACGGUGUCACACCCCCUGCCCCCUCAUGCCAUCCGCUCCCCCCGCCCCUACCCUCCGCGUGCCCGCUCCCUCGCCGCCUCUUUUGACCCUCCCUGCCCCCCUCGCCGUUACCCACCGCUCGCCAUUCGCUCCUCCCCGCCCGUGCCCUCCCCUCGUUUACCUUCGCCUCCCCCCUCCCCUCCUCUGCUGCACGCCUCUUCCUUCCCCUCGCUAACCCACUCCACUCCCUGCCCCUCCUCAAUCCGCACCCUGCCCCUCGUUUCUCGCCCCCCUACGCUUGGUUUCUCCCCUCCCUGCCCCUCGCCGCCUUUCUCCGCUCCCCACCUCCCCCCUCUCCCUGCCCCCCCACUCUCCUCCACUUGCCCUUGGCUUCCCACCUCCCUGCCCCACCUUUCCCCCCUCCGUGUGCUCAGCUUCUCCCCUCCCUGCCUCUCCCUCCUCCCCGCCCUGCCCCUCAUUUUCCGCCCCCCCACGCCCGGUUUCUCCCCUCCCUGCACCUCCCUUUCUUUCUCCGUGCCUCUCCUUUGCUCCCUCCCUGCCCCCGCCUGCCCAUGCCCCUGUCUUUGGUUUCUCCCCUCCCUGCCCCACGUUUCUUCCCUCCCUGAGAUCACCUUGUACCCCCUCUGCCCCUCCCUUGUUCUCCCCGCACCCAUUGCUUCUCCCCUCCCUGCCCUUGAUUUCCCGCACCCCUGCCCUUGUUUCCUACCAUCCAUGCCCCUCGUUUCCCCUCUUUGUACGUUCACCCUCUUCCCUCCCUGCCCCUCCCUUCCUCCCCCCCUGCCCUUUGCUUUCCCCUCCCCCUGCCCGUUGCUGCCCCUCCCCUUGCCCCCUCAACUCCCCUGCCCCCCGUACACCCCACUCCCGUCCAACCGCCCCCACCCUCCCCGGCUGCCCGUUUCCGCUCUCCACCCCCGCGACCGUGUGCGGCUUCCAACCGCCCAACGGUGUCACACCCCCUGCCCCCUCAUGCCAUCCGCUCCCCCCGCCCCUACCCUCCGCGUGCCCGCUCCCUCGCCGCCUCUUUUGACCCUCCCUGCCCCCCUCAGGCCGUUACCCACCGCUCGCCAUUCGCUCCUCCCCGCCCGUGCCCUCCCCUCGUUUACCUUCGCCUCCCCCCUCCCCUCCUCUGCUGCACGCCUCUUCCUUCCCCUCGCUAACCCACUCCACUCCCUGCCCCUCCUCAAUCCGCACCCUGCCCCUCGUUUCUCGCCCCCCUACGCUUGUUUCUCCCCUCCCUGCCCCUCGCCGCCUUUCUCCGCUCCCCACCUCCCCCUCUCCCUGCCCCCCCACUCUCCUCCACUUGCCUUGGCUUCCCACCUCCCUGCCCCACCUUUCCCCCUCCGUGUGCUCAGCUUCUCCCCUCCCUGCCUCUCCCUCCUCCCCGCCCUGCCCCUCAUUUUCCGCCCCCCCACGCCCGGUUUCUCCCCUCCCUGCACCUCCCUUUCUUUCUCCGUGCCUCUCCUUUGCUCCCUCCCUGCCCCCGCCUGCCCAUGCCCCUGUCUUUGGUUUCUCCCCUCCCUGCCCCACGUUUCUUCCUCCCUGAGAUCACCUUGUACCCCCAUCUGCCCCUCCCUUGUUCUCCCCGCACCCAUUGCUUCUCCCCUCCCUGCCCUUGAUUUCCCGCACCCCUGCCUUGUUUCCUACCAUCCAUGCCCCUCGUUUCCCCUCUUUGUACGUUCACCCUCUUCCCUCCCUGCCCCUCCCUUCCUCCCCCCCUGCCCUUUGCUUUCCCCUCCCCCUGCCCUUGCUGCCCCCCCCUUGCCCCCUCAACUCCCCUGCCCCCCGUACACCCCACUCCCGUCCAACCGCCCCCACCCUCCCCCGGCUGCCCGUUUCCGCUCUCCACCCCCGCGACCGUGUGCGGCUUCCAACCGCCCAACGGUGUCACACCCCCUGCCCCCUCAUGCCAUCCGCUCCCCCCGCCCCUACCCUCCGCGUGCCCGCUCCCUCGCCGCCUCUUUUGACCCUCCCUGCCCCCCUCGCCGUUACCCACCGCUCGCCAUUCGCUCCUCCCCGCCCGUGCCCUCCCCUCGUUUACCUUCGCCUCCCCCCUCCCCUCCUCUGCUGCACGCCUCUUCCUUCCCCUCGCUAACCCACUCCACUCCCUGCCCCUCCUCAAUCCGCACCCUGCCCCUCGUUUCUCGCCCCCCUACGCUUGGUUUCUCCCUCCCUGCCCCUCGCCGCUUUCUCCGCUCCCCCCUCCCCCCUCUCCCUGCCCCCCCACUCUCCUCCACUUGCCCUUGCUUCCCACCUCCCUGCCCCACCUUUCCCCCCUCCGUGUGCUCACUUCUCCCUCCCUGCCUCUCCCUCCUCCCCGCCCUGCCCUCAUUUUCCGCCCCCCCCACGCCCGUUUCUCCCCUCCCUGCACCUCCCUUUCUUUCUCCGUGCCUCUCCUUUGCUCCCUCCCUGCCCCCGGCCUGCCCAUGCCCCUGUCUUUGGUUUCUCCCCUCCCUGCCCCACGUUUUCUUCCCUCCCUGA